GUAAAUUUGAGGGGGGCGAUAUCGUUUCGUAAGAGGUUUAAAUCGUGCUUCUAAAAGAAAUUACGCAAUCGCUAUUCUCUAAACAUAAAAAUAUACUAUACGUAUACUAUACUACUAUAUUACUAUACGUUUAGUUUUGGCUAGCAAUCGCAGUUAUCUCUGAAAGGACCGAAUCCGUAGUUGGAAGAAGGAUAUCACGCCUUGAAACAUCACGAUGGGUAUCCUUAGGUGGCACGUGCUCCUGAUAGCUGCCCUGUCCGUGUCACUGUUAGAAGCAGCACCAGCUAGCCUCCAAGUUUUUGUCGGAUCUCCCAUCUCGGUGGCCAGGGGCCACACCACCACACUACCAUGCUGGCUCAGCCCUAAACAAAGUGCAGAGGCUUUGGAAGUUCGUUGGUACCGUUCAGACAACUUUGACUCACCAGUCCUGCUUUACCAGGGCAAAAGCUUUCAGAAUGCAUCUCAGGAUGCUUCAUACAGUGGAAGGGUUUCAUUUGGCCUAAAAGAUGCAGUGUCUGGAGGGCUGAAGGUGGGGGAUGUGAGCCUGAAGCUAACUGAUGUGACCCUUGAUGAUGAGGGACAAUACACAUGUUAUGUCAGCAGCAACCAGGGUUAUGACAGUGACAGUGUCAAUCUUGUUGUGACUCAAACAGGAACCUCCCCUCUUCUGUCAGCAGUGUGGAUAGAAGAUAACAUGUUGAAUAUGAGCUGUCAGUCUGAAGGCUGGUAUCCACAGCCCAGUCUGCGCUGGUCCGAUCCAAACAAGGAUCUGUCCUCUAACAACACAAAAAGCAGCGAGGACUUUUCUGGUCUGAAGUCUGUCCACAGCUGGAUUCUGGUCCCCAGCUCCAGCGAGGUUUCCAGCAAGGUUUACUGCUCAGUCAGCCUACCAGGCGAAGAGGCAAAGGUAGCCAGAGUGCACCUGGAAAAACCUCCUCAAGCUGAACCUGAAGGCUCACAUGUUGGAUGGAUUUUUUUUGCAUUACUCUCAGUUGCCGUGGUAAUAGCCACUCUACUGUUUUACUUCAGAAAGAGAUGGAUAAAACCCAAAACAGAAAGUGGCAAUCCUGAGGAGAACUGUGCUCUUUUAACAAAAGGACCGAUCCUUCCAACAGAUCUAUCAGAGGCUAAGAAGCAUUUUGUUAAUGUGGCACUGGCCAAAGUAACAAAUCCAUUUCUGAAGAUCAAGGAUGAUCGUAAGGUGAGAGACACAGUAGACGCAGCUUUUCCUGAUGGACCAGACGUUACCUGUCUCACAGCUAUCAAAGGAACACCUGGCUUCUCCUCUGGAAGACACUACUGGGAGGUUUCUUUGGAUCAACCUAACACUGACCCCAAAAAGUCCUGGUGGAUAGGUGUAACAAGUGCAACAGAUAUCUCUGAAGGUAGUUCCCCUACUACAUCUAACGGUUUCUGGUUCCUGUCAUCUUCCUCUGACAGAGCAGGGGUCUUUCAGUUUAACACUGAACCAAAUAUUUUACUUCCUGUAUAUUCCCGACCGCAGAUAGUUGGUGUUGAUUUGAAUUACGACGACGGAAAGCUCUCAUUUUAUAAUGCCAAGGAUGAGAGUCUCAUUGGUUCUUUAAAAGUAAAUUUCACUGGGGAAGUUUUUCCACUUUUCAAUCCUGGUAAAGGCGACCAAUCACCCAUGGAGAUACUACAGGGGGAGGGUCCUGGCAAAUUACCUGUUGAGCCAGGUUCCCAAGAACCUCCCAAUGACAACAACUCACACCAGAUUGAAAAGUUGCGAAGAGUCACCACUUAAAAGUUCUCACUCAGUCUCAUGUGUACCAUUAUGUAGCCCUAUAAUCUCAAAUUAACUUUUGGUAAAUUCAAGCUGAAAAAAAAUCACAUAGAUCUAAAAACAGAGGGAUCCGAUCUAUGACAUUAUUGCUAACGCACAAGCUAGCUUUAGCUGUGGGAAUUUUAGAGUUCAAACAGCCUAUCAGGGAAGAAUAACCUAUUCCAUACUUUGUAUUACUUAACUUGAUUAACAAAUUAUUAGAUAGGUUUGCACACAUCUUGGAGUGCACUUGUCUGAUUGCAAAGUUCUAAUUCGGGGAAGGUUCCAGAAAAUUUGUUGGCAAUAUAGAAGCAAACUACAACCCAUGUGCAACUCCAAGAGCAAGCUGCCUCAUUCCUGCCCAACACCUACUGACUGUAAUAACAAUACCUAAUGUUUUUAUAUUUUUUGCUUAUACUUGAUGGUAAAAAAAAAUAAGAAAAUAAAAAGGGUUCAUCAUUUCCUCCUUGAACUAGAAUUAUCCAUAUUCCCAUGGAGGCCAUGUUCCUGUGACAAAAAGACAAAAUACCAUAAUGCUAUCCUGCUAUACCUCAUUUUUUUGCCAUAUAAAUGUUGAAAAUUGGAUAAAUUAUGUUAAUUCUGGCUCUUAUUAGUGACCCAGAUCAUUUGGCUCAGCAAGAAGAUUUUCAUUUGGUGCCAUUUUGGCUCGUUGGUCAGCUCAAAUUUAGGAAUGUGACUGAUAAUUGCGCUGAUCAUUAACUCAAACUGGGAUGUUUUUUGUUUUUUUUUUUUAUAAUUGAAAAUGUUAUUAUUUUCCGAAAUGCCCCUUCUUCCCCAAGUGUCUUACGUGCCAGAUUGUUUUUUCCCAGUGGUUUAAAACAUUAACAUUACACCAUCAAGAUUGAGUCUUUAAUGUGUGGUAUGCAGUAUUUUAAAACAUUUUAAAAAUCCCCCUAUUCUGUCAGUCUAAUUAAAAAAAAACUGAACAGAUCUGGAUCUUUUCUGUACCAUUAAAUAUCUGGAUCUUUGAACCAUUUAGCUUGUUGAUUACCAGCACAUUACCAUUAGGGAUGUACAAUAUUGUUUUUUUGCUGACAUCUGAUAUGCCAAUAUUUACACAUUCAUUUUAGUGGCCUUUUAAUCAGGUAGCAAUUAAAAAAAAAACACUUUCAGAAUCCCAGCAUUUCAGUGACAUACAAGAUGGAUUAUAACACAAUAUCUGAGCUGCUCAUCCUGAGUGUGAUGUCAAAGGACCAUGGCCGUCCAGUAGUGGGGAUAAGGUCUAUUUUAAAAGAAUAUGAAAAAGUUAGGCCUAAAUCAGCCAGGUUUUCAAGAGGAACAGGUCUGGCUACAGACCUCUAACAAUGGGGCAACCUAGAUCGUGGGGUGGGAAGUGGCAUACAUUACCUAGGCCAGAACCAGAAUGACAUUUUUUUUCCCACUUGCGGUAAGAGGUUACGGUAAGUGGCUAUUUAUCACAACAGCAGAUUUUUAAAUUUAGCACACCACAAACUAAAGAAAAACCCUAACAAGGGUUAAUGAGUCACUUCCCGCCCCACAAUCAAGGUCGCCCCAUUGUAGAGGUCUGCAGCAGAUGUGUCCAAAAGGCAAUCUGAAUCAUGGACCAGUUUGUUGCAUAUGUACCUCCAGUUUGGUGUUUGUUCACACAAGGACAUUUACAUAUGGAGCAAAAUGCGUGACGUGCAUUAGAAAUGCUCUCUAACAGUUUCUUCCUGUUUAUGAAUACAUGUACAAAAUAUAGGGGUGUGCAACUUUGAUACUGCCAUUGGACAAAUACAUAUGAAACAAAUGUUUGACUUACAAAUAAAUCUUAAAUAAGUCAAAUAAAUAGGUAAUGUUGCUUGAAAUGGGAAGAUGACAUUUAUCAGGAGAUCCAGAAACAGCUAGCGUGCUCCUCUGCACAGCGAGCAGAGAGUGUGCAUAUUCAUUUACCUCAGAUUGCAUUAUUUCUUCCAUCAAAUUGAUGGGUUAGGUGCAGUUCCCAGGCAAAAUGUGUCAAGGAAACAAUUGCAAAAUUUUUUCUGUAGAUUCUUUUGGUCUGCCUGUGUUUUUUUAACACCAUCUUCUGGCUCAAACAGGUCAGAUCAAGGUUGGCUCAUGUUCUCAUUACAAAAGAACUGCACUAGAGUCUGAAUAAAAUCAGACCAAGCUCCACCUUUUCAAGCAGUCAUGGUGCAGUUGUUCAACUGACAGCUUUUACACUUAACACCUAACUCAUCAGAUUGACUCAAGCUCCUUUAACUGACUGCUUUUGGAAACCUUUUUGUAAAAGUAGUAAUACUAUGACUGAUACCACUCACUUCUGUUCUGUGAUGCAGGCUAACUCAAACCAACAGCAAGUUUUCGAACUCUGACUAUGAGAAAAAUAACUGCUAGGAUUACUUAACUUAUCGGUACAAAGCCCAAAACAGAGGAAAAUCAUCCCAUUGCCUUGCAUGUAAAACACAGAACUAGAGUUUUCUCCAAAACAGUUAAUUCCUGAUUUAUCAGUUAAUUUUUUUUUUUUUUAAACAGGCUUCAGAUUCGAUGCUUGCUCAGUGUAAAACUUGCAAAUAGUUUGACACUCUUGUGUAUAUAUUUAGCUGUUUAUCAUUACUUCUAUUAAUACUGCAUGUUCUGUUUAGCAAUGAAGCUAAAGCAGGAAGCCAGUUUUAGCUAAGUAAGAUGGAAAAAUGGAAAAUUGUUAGCUUGACUCAGCUCAUGUGCGUAAUUCAAAAUGUAGAAAAAUCCUCUCAGUGACCUUAAUUUUUAACACCUUACAUCUAUGUGUGUACAGAAGUACAUCAAUGUGCACAAAAGUUUAUUUUGAAUUUAUAAAAUGAGAAAUUUCUGAGCUUGGUUGUUAGUUAGCAUUUGAGCAGGACAAGCUAGCAGUUUUUGGCUGUCAUACUUGUUUCUUUAGAUUAGUUGUUUAUUGUUGAGAAAUGAGGGGGAAUCUUUGCAGAAAAGUCUUCAAAGGUUUAGAAAAUAAGCAGAAAAAAUUAGCAGUGUUAUGCUGUGUUCGAUUUUACUCGGAACUCGGAUAAAUCCGAGCUCUGAAUCAGAAAAGUGCAAUGGAACGACCCUUGAACUCGGGACUCCGACUCGGGAAUUUGGGUAGGAUCCAAGCAGCCCGAGUCGGUUGGAAUGACGUAGCAAUAUGGCGUCACACACCAUGACAGUCAUUUUCUCCUCAACUUUUACUUUUAUGUGUCGUCUAAUUUAGCGCUUGUGGAACUACAGUACAGGUCUCUGCACAGCUCGCUUUGAUGCCAUCAUAAGUUCAAUGAUGCACGCAGGAUUACCCUCGCUGGUGCGUUCAAGUCAUACGUACGUUUCUCUUUCUCUCUCUCCCUCAAGUAGCUAAUAUAUUUCCCCAACAGCAAUUUCUGAUCCUCGAAAAACAUCAAAACAAGCAUCAGCUUACUGCGCCCAGCCAUGUUUUCCGAGCUUAUGCAAUGAAACGCAUUUACCUCGGAAGCGGGAAUUUCCAACCCGGGUCUUUCCAAGUUCUGAGUACAAUCGAACGCAGCAUUAGCUAAAAAUUUCUGUUUUGUAUCCAUUUAUGAUUGUUGUAACUUUUAUUGCAUUCUUCUUUGGCCAGUACAUUUUCAGGUUUCUUUCUUUUCAGUCAUUUUUUGUGUUUCUUUUCAAUAGGAAAGACUUUUUUUCAUCCAGUGUAAUUUUUUUAAAAUAAUUAUGAAACAAGUUAUUCUACCAAACAUUUAAAAUGUAUUACGUGUAAACUGACAUAUUUAAUAUUAAUCACAAUGUACUUCCUGUAUCAUUAUUGUGCUGAAGUGCAACUUACUUUUUGAGUCAUAGCAAUCAAAAUGUAUAUCUUGUUACUACUUUUGCUCUUUGCUUAGAUUGUGCCAUGUCAAUUUUGCACUAUGUAGAUGUUUUUUAACUGUCUGGUGUAUGAAAAAGUAAA